AAGCUAAUUUAUUAGUAGCCAAUCACCUGCCUUCCACCUUCCACCUUCCACCUUCCACCAGAAACCCUUUUGUUUGUUUGAAUAAUCUGAGGAUCAUCGGAGAUGGGCGGAGACGGCAAAGUGUUCACCUUGGAGGAGGUUUCUCAGCACACUAGCAACCAGGACUGUUGGAUCGUCAUCGACGGCAAGGUUUAUGAUGUGACCAAGUUCUUGGACGACCAUCCUGGUGGUGACGAGGUCAUCUUGACUUCCACAGGGAAAGACGCGACUGAUGAUUUUGAGGAUGUGGGACACAGCUCCACCGCAAAAGCCAUGCUUGAUGAGUACUACGUCGGUGAUAUUGACUCCGCCACCGUCCCUACCAAAACCAAGUUCGUUCCUCCUCCUCCAAACCAGACCCAGUCUAACCAGAACAAGAGCUCGGAUUUCCUCAUCAAGAUCCUUCAGUUCCUUGUUCCUCUUCUUAUCUUAGGCUUGGCUCUCGGUAUCCGCUCUUACACCAAGACUCCUUCCUCUUGAGGACUCGAUCUUUGUGGGUCGUUGAGUGUUUGUCUACGUGGGUUUACACUCUUUAUCUCUCUGCCUUGUCUUUGUAAGACUUCAGAUAUUAUAUUCUCUCUUAAGAGACCUUUUGUUUGUGUCUUUAAUCAAAAUCAAAUCCAUUUACAAAAGAUU